AUGGGAGGCUUGCGUGAAGACUUUGUCCAUGCAAGUGCGAUCUCACUGUCACUGAUUAUGUUCACCUCUGUGAACAUAUUUUCUGGAGCCUCUGUUAUUGUGGUUGCCAAGAAGAAGAAAAAAAAGAACAAGGGAACGUCGGAUUCGGCAGGAUCAAAAGAGUCCUCCGAAAGCGAUUCUGGAGAAGACGUAUCCGAGAAAACUAGAAAUGAGGUGCUGCCAAUUGCAGCGAAAAAACCAGUUAUGCCUGGGGCAAUAGCAAAAGCUAAGCGACAACCUCCGUGGUACAAUGUGCGCAUUUUAGAAGAAGAACGGCCCGAUUUAUUAGGGCCAGAUGGGAAAUUGAAUCUUGAGAAAGAGGACGCAGUACUUAUGGAUAUGUUCAUAAGAGACAAGAGCGAUCUACAGACUGGUGAUCUCAUCAUCACUGAUGACAAUCUCGACGAAGAAGACCGUCGUUUCAAUCGAUACGAGGUGCAAUUAAAGUACAAUGAAGGGCGGUAUACUGCUUUGUACUUGAUUUCCAGACAAAUCUGUGCAAACAACGAAGUGGAAGAGAGAAAUGUGUUAUACGCAAUGAAAACAAGUAUCCGGCCAAAUAGUGCCAAUAUUGUUUUAAGAAUGAAGCGUGAAUUACGAAUCUUGAAUGAACUGAAGAAGGCUAGAUGCCCAUACUCUCCUACACCACUGGAUAGUGGCCGAGUUGCCGACUUACCUUUUAUAGUAAUGGGUCUACUCGAUCGGAAUUUGGAAAAAUUAAGGGAGCAAACGACGGUUUUCAAACCGAGUACAGCGUUUUACAUUGCUAUGGAAGCUAUGUCUGCGUUGGCGUUUCUCCAUUCACUCAAAUACAUUCACCGUGAUGUGAAGCUGACCAAUAUAUGCAUCGGUUCUGGACCAGCUCUCACCAGAAUUUUCUUAAUUGACUACGGUGAUACUGUAAAAAUCAGCAAAAAGAUCAGGUAUGGUACUCCAGAUAUUUACACUCUACCAUUCUGGAGCUUAGAUGCACAUAAGAGAGCAGCAGCAAGGCAACGUGGUGAUGCUGAAUCGUGGUUUUACGUGCUAGCUGAGCUGUUCAAGCCAGGAUGCUUACCAUGGAUCAGAAUGAACAACGAAGCCGACGUGCAGAACGCUAAGCAACUGUUGUGGGCAGAAGGUGGCCAGAACCUCACCGAUAAUCCUCAUUUGAAUAGUAUCCAGCAGCUGAUCAGAACAUCCGGGAACAAUUUCGACCACGAAAUGGCAAAGUUGAUUCUACGAGACGGCAUCGACAGUGUCCAUACCGGACCACUCACGCUCGAAUGGGUUCCAAAUGCACGCGUAAAUCUACCACCAAUUCCACAAGCUUCUAUUCGAAAGCUUAAGGCAAGAGGAGGAGCGCUUGGACUUAUGAAAGGAAACGAGUAUGAUACAAAACCACAAGACUCCGACAAAGUAAAGAAAUCAGUUGAAAUGUCAUCGAAAAUGAUACAACCGAAAAUAGAAGACACAGAAAACGUCACGCAAUACUCGGUGCGUCGACGCAGAAAACCAACUGAAAAGAGUCAGGAACAAACGACAGGCAUUCGCUUGGCGUCUCAGGAAACCGACUACGAGGGGAAAAGUAGCGAUGAAAUGAAGACAGCACGACGGGUUAGGAGGAAAGAUGAUGCAUCAUUGCGACGUGGGUCCGCAAGAAAAACGAAGAAACCGUCAGCACUUAAGUCGUUGAUUCCUGUUGUUCGGAAACUGCCAUCGAGGGAAAGAACCCAAAGUAAAAUGUUGCCUCCAACUGCUCGAAAAUCGUCAUCAAAAAAGAAUAAAAUUUUACCGCCAAUUAGGAAGAUUUCCAGUGCUCGUCGAGGAGGCAGUGUUACUGAGACACGAAAAUCAAAAAACAAAAGAAAGUAG